AGCCGCGAUGGGAGUUAACGCAUCCAAGUUUGCAGAGGUCCGUUCACCAGCGUCGUUGCACUAAACAAAGACUUCGGAUUCCUCAAUUUUUUCUCUCUGAGGGAGCUUGUCUGCUUUUUUUUGUCCGAGGCGUUUCUCUCACAGGAUGUUGAGACUAUUGGAAAACCGGGUAAGAUCAUAAAGUCAGUUCUCUCUGAUGAGAUCGACCUCCUCCUCCUCCUCUUCCUCCUCCUCCUCCUUCUCCUCCUCCUCACAACCACCACCACACAAAGGGAACCAAGGAACAAGUUUUUUUUCACGCCAUAAUUUUUAUUUUUUGAAUGUCAUUAAGAAGCAGAGGGGGCUUUUUCAAAGACAAAAUGGAUCACUUUGCAGCAGAGUGCCUUGUUUCUAUGUCCAGUCGUGCAAUUGUUCACGCUCCUAAAGGGAAUAGGGAGAUUAAACCAGAAACCCCGUCCUCCUCUAGGAACGGAGAGGACAUUAAAGAACCUUUGGUGAAAGAUAACUCCUCUCUUUUUGUGGUGGCGCGGAUUCUGGCGGAUUUUAACCAGCAGACUCCCAACAAUGUUGUCGAGCAGGCAAAAAUAAAGGAUGAGAGCAUGCCGAACCUCAUAGAUGAUGGAAACUCUGCCACACCUACCACCAUCUCCGAUCCUUCGCUCAAACAAAGAGGCAAAAGAUCUCGAGGUCGAAUUGAGCAAGAAUUACCUCAGAAAAAGCACAAAUGCCACUAUUCAGGUUGUGAAAAAGUUUAUGGCAAAUCAUCCCACCUCAAAGCUCAUCUAAGGACACAUACAGGAGAGCGACCCUUCCCAUGUACUUGGCCCGACUGCAGUAAGAAGUUCGCCCGCUCAGAUGAACUGGCCCGCCACUACCGCACCCACACGGGGGAGAAGAAGUUUGGGUGCCCACUUUGUGACAAGCGCUUCAUGCGCAGCGACCACCUCAUGAAGCAUGCACGACGCCACUCUGAUUUCCAGCCCGGGAUGCUGAAGAGGCCCCAUGGCGGCAGCAGCGGCAACACCACACGUCCCAGCUCCCUCAGCGACUACAGUCGCUCGGAUGCCUCCAGCCCCACCCUCAGCCCCGCCCUCAGCCCCGCCAACUCGCCUUAAACUGAAACCCAGUCGCACUUUCUGCCUCUGACCUGCGAGGCCUGUGUUUUUGUCCUAACACUUGUGUUGCACAGUUGUCAACAACCCCCCUUUGCUAUUCCUGCGCUUGCUGUGGUGUACCAUACUGUACAUAACUGCUUAUUGGAGUGCAAUUACUUGUGUGAUCCUAAAAGAAGGUAAUGCCUUUCCCAGAUGGCAAUAUUGACAUUCUGUACCAUAUGUCUGUAUUUUUGUAGCUUCUGAUCAUGGCUCGUUGUCCAAUGUAUGUUCUCAGUCAGCGGAACAAGGUUUAGAAGAAGAAAAAACAGACGCCCUGACAAGUCAUAUCAAAAUGGGGUUUUCUUUGAUUUUUUUUAAACGGGUGAGGAGAAGGGGUACACACACACCUCAGGAUUGAAGACAGUUGCUAUUUCUGUAAUACCACAGUACUUCACAGUACUCACAUUGACUGCACAAUAUACUCAUCACUUUACUCUGAAAUUCAACAGGGGUUGAAUUUUACGCCCUGCUCAGGGAUGGCCUUGUUAGCUUGAAAGAAUAAACAUGGGGUAGAGAAACAUACAGUACAUAUAUAGCAGCCUUACACUCAACACAAUUUUGCACUCUUUGUUUUUCUUUGGUCGAGAAAACUAGUCCAGCGGUCAUACGGUCAAUCGUACACAGAACUCAUGUCCUCGUCCUCUGGGGGGUUCAUAUGUAAUGCAAUUGCUGUGUGUUAACAAGAUGAUCCCCAAACCUUCACCUGAGUAAACAAAAUACAUCUGUUCCUCCAUUGCAACGUCAACAUUUAGUUGCCAUUACACUGGGUUAAAUAUGUAUUUAAUUAAACAGCGGUGUGCAUUAUAUACUGCCUGGUGGGAGGAUCAGGGUUAUAUUGGGUUAACAGUUAUACUCAGUUUAAGAAACUGUAUAGCCUUUAAAUAGAGACAGUUAGUUUUAAAGCAGCUGGUGGUGGUUUCUUUUCUUUUUUAAAGUGCUAUAUCAUCAGCCAGAAUUUCACACAAAGGGGACUUUAGUUGAAACGGUGUUUAUCCCUCUCUGAAGCACAUAGGAACAAGUACCAAAGACAAGAGUGAAUGAAAGCUUUCUAUUCAGUCUUGUACGCUUCCCUUCAUUGAGGCGUGUGGCUGGUGGUUGGCCGUAUCACAGGUAGACCCACACAGCCUGCUCACUGCCCACCUCGCGGCUCUGCCUUUUGUGGCCUCCCUUGGGGAAACAGCUGCAUCCCAGAAGAAGGUCAUCACAGCCCGCAGCAGGAGUGCUAACAUGCCAUUCCUGGGGCGUGCUCCCCUGCCCAUCUGGCUCUGCCUGUCCUGUCAGAGAGUGUCGAAGCUCCAACUUAGCCAAAUUGCAUAAGGGGAUUCACAUGUAAGCCAGGCUGUUGGGCAGAGCUGGGCUGGGCUGCGACGUGGUGGAGCACAGAACGCACAAAGCAGCUAUCUGACAUAGACAGACAAGAGAGGGCAGGUCCUGAAAAAAAAGGAGAAGUUUAUCAUGAGCUGAGCAGCAAAGAGGAGACGCCCACAUCUCCUCCUUUCUCCCUCCAACUGUAGAAACCAUGAGCAGAAAAUUGGCUGUAAUUAGCGGGUUUGUCCAACCUGUAGGAUAAGAGAUGGAAGAGAAGUGUAUGAACAACAGUACUACCUAGACAACGCGAGCAGUGUGGGUGGGACGUACCAAACGCCAUUCUAAGCACAGGGAGAAAUCCUCUACUACUGCUGGAGAGUCACAUUUCACAAUGCCAAGGAAAACAUCGCUUCAAAUUCAUAGUAAAAAACCAGAGCUCGAAAACAGCUGCUUUCAACUUCUCUUCACAUUUGAACCAAGACGAACAUAUCAGCAAAGUGCAGCGCACCAGCCUCUCGUCGUCCUCCCUGUGAAGCUCAGAUGUCCCGUGAGAAGGCUGACUUGUGUUUCUAGACAGAUAUGCCUCAAUAAAGCAGGCAAAAGGCACAGGAAACCUUCCAUGGAAGCGGGAACCACUAUCAAAACUGCUGCAGCCCAGCCAGUCUGUGUUAUGCCUACGUUUUCUUAUCAUGCGUCAGCCCUAUGGCCGGAAAGACAGACAAAUCCAUGUAUUUGGUCCUCCGGACUGCUGUCAUCAUGAAUUGCAUGUGCUAGCUUUAUUCUACCAGCGACUCUUGCCCUGCAGUCCAGUGCUUCACACUAUAUGCAUGUUAACAACUGCGCCUUGGAAGCGCUGAGGGUUUUUGAGGCGAUCUGGCAGGUGUAAGUUCAUGAAUGGCCGGCCUUGUCCUCGUUCUCCACAGCAGCCAUCUCUUUUUAAAAUUGUGAAGAAUCAGCUCUGUCACAUCCUCCAGAGAGAAAACAUCCCUUAUUAGGAUCAAAUGCAGUAGUUUCCUCAAAACACCACGUUUAAAAAAAAUUAAAAAGCAAACCUCUGUCGUGUUUGAAUAGUUUCCAGGCUGUAAAAUGACACUUUGAAUGCCACUGAUCAGCAGUUCUUUGUGAAAAAAAAGCUCUCAGAGGCUUUUACAUUUACCAUUUCUGGAAAAACUCACAAACAAACUCUUCAAAUGGCUGUUGAGCAGCUUUUUGCGAUAUCUAUCGACGACACAAUUCUUUUUUUUUUAAAGUCAAUUUUUGACUUGGUUUGUAGUGUAACUUUCUCUUGCAAAAAAAAGAUUCUGAGUAGCUCACCCUCAAGCAGGUUUCAUGAAUCACUUUCGUAAUCCAUAAUCUGUGCAUUUACCUCAGGGUUGACGUCCGCGAAGCAGAUAUGGGACAGUUUGUGGAUUUUGUUGUAACAUCCCCCCCCCCCCAGUGUUUCUGGGUGCUUGGUGCUCACUGCUGGCUAGUGUCCGACCACACUGGAAACACAGGAAUGCCUCCUCGGGGGCCCCAGCUCCUGCCUACAAUGUCUUCAUAACAUCCUAUACAGCCCUGCUAUGUGCCUUAGUAAGCACUGGGCACUCUGGCGCUCUUUUCAGUGAAACGCCCCUUUAAACACCUUUGACCCUUUAGGGUCAGUGGACUUACAGUAGGCAGGAAGCUCCUACCAUCUGAAAAUAACCGACUGUGACAGUGCAAACAUCCCAGUCUAUCCAUCCAUCCAGAAUGUUCCAGUGACAUAUAGGCCUCCACAGGGUCGUAACUUGUAACUUUUACUCUCACUGUAUCAAAUCUACUUGAAUAAUUCAACACAAAAGGCCAUUGAACACAGUUUUGUACAUGUCCAUUUUUACUGUUUUUGCUUUUGUUGUCAAAUAAUUAUUAACCUCUCUGGAGAAAGGUGUAUAGUCUGGUGGAUUUUUUUCGGGUUCUUUUUCUAGAUUUUCCAUUGUCUUCAGGUAAUUUCAGCAUCUCUAUCGUAUAUAUCAGUUUUUUUUGUCUGACUUUUUAAAGGCACCGUAUUUUGUUAAAAAUAACACAUUUAUCCCUGUAAAUAGGGUUCACCUCUUUUAUCAGAAACACUUAAUACUCUGUUUAUGUCAGGAUGCAGGUUAUUCCAUUUAGCUUGUCAUCCAAAAACUCAGACAGUCAGAAAACGAAAGGAUUGUUUGGGGUGAUGAACUUCCUGACCUCUAUGUUCGACAAUUUCCAAUGGAGUGACUCAUUUUCUUUAUUAUUUAGAUUAUUUUGAACGUUUUCCAUAAGAAUAGAGACCACAGCAUUGUGAGUUAGCAAUGUAGUCAUGAUUUUGUAUUAUUGUUUGUCUCAUAAAAUGCUUGUAUAUUUUUCAAAAAUCAUACCUCUUGAAAUAUUUGACUUUUGUUGUACCUUCAUAUCUUUUCAAAACAUCCAUUAUGUAGCUUGCGUUUGCUUGAUGAGUAGCACAAAUAAUUGGUGGUCUUAUUUGUCCAUACUUGAAUGAAGAAAGUAAAAUUAAAAUAAACUAAAAAAAACACUGGGCUAAAUGUUAUAUAAUCAUCCCAUGUUGUCAGGGUCUUGCACAUCCUUGUAGAUUCAAAAUGUAAUCUUUCCAGGAAACAAUAAUAAAACCUUAUUUUUAUUA